GUAUAUAGCACUCUCGUCGCUUAGUCUAUGAUCGAGGCGCACAUUUACAGUCUCACCGCCGCCCGCGCCCGUGGACUGAGAAUACACAUUUAGUUUUAUUUGGUCCCACAAGGAGUGGUAAUUCUGUUUCUCAUAUUUAGUUCAGCCGCAUUUUCUUGUUCAAGAUGUUCAUUCAUCACAUCUCCCGCAUUACUCUUCAACUUAGAAGAGUAAGACCCCUUCACUGGACAGUACUCAAACGUCUACCUCAGCCAAAAUAUCAUCCCACCAAAUCUGUUGCUCUAACGGUAUGCUGUGCUUUCAUUGGAGUAGCAUCGUACAAGCGUUUGCCACAAAUUCUAUUUUCCAGAGCAGCAUGUCAAGAAGCAGUUCUAGAUCACCCUGUUCUUAUUAACUCAGAGAUUGAUAGACUUCAUUCUGUCAAGUCAUUGUUAGUUGGGCAGAUGAGACUCUGGCAUCAUGUCCUCAGAACUCUUGCAUCAAACCUUGUUCAGUUUGUCCUGGUGUCCCUACGCUACAUCCGCAAUUCCAUCCUCUUUGGACCACUUCUCUUCUCCUAUCCACUAGUACUCCUUUUCCCAGACAGGCUCCAGGAUGUAUGGCUACGUGCGCUCCUGCGAUCCAUUGAACUCUCCGGACCCACCUUCAUCAAGCUCGGUCAGUGGGCGAGUACUAGGAGAGACCUCUUUUCGCAGGACUUUUGCGAUCAGCUCUCGAAGCUGCACCGCAAUGCUCCAAGCCACUCAGUAGAAUACACAAAGAGAGCUCUGGAACAUGCCUUUGGUUUGUUGUGGAAGGAGAUAUUCAUGGAGUCUAGCAAUGAGACUGUGUAUUCGGGAUGUGUAGGGCAGGUUCAUAAAGUAUACAUGAGACCAGAUGUCUACCAAGCUGUAAUGAAAGGAAGGGAAGGUGGAUUGAGAGACUGGAGGAUGAGAGAUCGAGCAUCAGAGCCAAUCAUGGAUGAGGAAAAGUGGAUACCAGUUGCUGUAAAGGUCCUUCACCCAGGUAUCUAUGAGAGUGUCCAUCUAGAUCUGAGGAUUAUCAAUGUCUUUGCCAGGAUACUGAACCUAAUUCCUGGUCUCCAUUGGCUCAGCCCUGUCGACCUUGUGGAUGAGUUUGAAUCUCUCAUGAAAAAUCAAAUAAACCUCAAGCUAGAAGCAGAAAACCUUGAGAGAUUUCAUCAAAACUUUUCUCAAGUGCCUCAUGUAAGAAUACCUCAACCAGUUUGGCCAUUUGUCACUAAUGAGAUCCUAGUUGAAACAUUUGAGAGUGGUCAGAGCAUAUCAGCAUUUAUAUCCUGCGAUCCUGACAACCAAGAUGAGAAAGGAAUUAAGAAGAUCCUUGCUCAAAUGGGAGUAGAUGUGAUUUUGAAGAUGGUCUUUGUGGAUAACUUUGUACAUGCAGACCUUCAUCCUGGGAACAUUCUAGUCCAGGGAGUAGAAGAGGCCCUGGUCCAACCAAGCAGGACCGUGGACUUUCAUGACCACAUUACAGAGUUCCAGGUCUACCUCAAGGAACCUAAGAAUCCAAUAAAGUUGGUCCUUCUUGACACCGGUAUCACAUCCCAUUUGGAGGAGAGGGAUUUCAACAACUUCUACAAAGUUUUCACUGCAAUUGUACUCCGCAAGGGUGAUGUUGUAGCUGAACUGUUUGCGGAGCAUGCAUCUUCAAAUGAAUGCAACGAUGUGGAGAAAUUCAAAGCUGACAUGAAAUCGUUGGUCGAAAAAGCUCAUGAACGGAGUCUUCAACUGAGCAAGAUGCAAGUUGGUCAGCUGCUAAGGGAAUUAUUUGCUCUUAUGAUUCAUCAUAAGGUGAAGCUGGAAAGUAACUUUGCAUCCAUCAUACUUGCCAUCAUGGUGUUGGAAGGACUGGGUCGAUCUCUAGACCCCAACCUAGACAUUCUAAAAGCAGCUAAGCCAGUUCUACUAGGAAGAUGAUAUUAGCCCCUUCCCUCACUCACCUUGCCUUAAACCCGUCCCAUCGUAAACGCAGCUAAGUAUGUUAGAAGGAUUGAUGGCUCCUCACCUCUCCUCUCCUCUGUUGGCUUACGCGGACUGGGAUACCGUCUUGAACUUAACUUUGAUAUUCUAGAAGCAGCCGAGCCAUUUCUACUAUAGCGUUGUUGUUAGCCCCCCUAAAGCAGUUUUAUCCUAAGAGAGAGAUUGAAAGGAUCACCCCCCCCCCCCCCCACACACACACACACACACACAAUGGUCUUUAAUAGAGGGACGUACCUCUACUGAUUCCAUCAACAUCCUAGAACCAGCUGUGCCAGUUCUAUUAUGAAGAUGAUGAUAGUGGACAAUAAUCCCCCCCCCCCUCUUUCUGAAAUACAGCUAUAAGCGAGUUUGUAAUUAGGAUUUGCACAUGGGCAGAUAAUGGUCAUU